CUGGAUCGUCGAAUUUGACAGCAAAUGAGCAGCCUCCUCCGCGACGCCCGGCGUGGGAACGUGCUCGAGGUCAAGCGCCGCCUUGCGCUCGGUGAGGACGCCGAGCAAGUCGACGAGGCGGGCGACACGGCCAUGGUCAACGCGGCUGCCCACGGCCACCACGACGUUGUCCGCGUCCUCCUCGCCCACGGCGCGUCGCCCGAGGCCCAGCGUGAGGAUCGGCCGUCGGCGUUGCUGCGGGCGACGCAGAAGGGCUGCAUCGACACGGUCGCGCUGCUCGCGAGCCACAACGCCAACCUCGAGUCGACGUUCGCCGAUGGCAAGACGGCGCUCAUCUACGCCUGCUUCCACGGCCUCGCGCUCAUCGCCAAGGUGCUUCUCGAGCACCACGCGAGCACCGAAGUCGCCGACGACGCGGGCAACACGGCCUUGCAUUAUGCGACCGAGAACGGCAACACCAAGAUCGUGCAGAUGCUGCUCGGCGCGCACGCCCGCACCAACGUCUACAACUACGAACGCAACACGCCGCUGCUCAUCGCGGCCAUCAACGGCCACAUCGAGCCGCUUCGCGCGCUCUUGAAGUAUGACGCCGAUGUCGACUUGCCCAACGACGAUGGCUGGACGCCACUGCUGUGCGCCUGCGACUAUGGCCACGUCGACUGUGUCAAGCAGCUGCUAGCAGCGAACGCCGCCGUCACUGCCGUCACGUCGAAUGGGUCGACAGCCCUCUUGCUUGCGACCAAGAAGGGCAACACGGACAUCGUCCGCGUCCUCCUCGCGCAGUCCGAGACGCCACUGGAGGCGCGCCUCAACUCGGGCGGGAUGACGGCCGUCAUGAUCGCGGCUGCCGUCGGCAACGUGACUGUCUUGCAGCAGCUGCUGGACGCGGACGCCGACUUUACAGCGACCAACCACGACAACAAGACGGCGCUGCAGCUCGCGACCGAGAAGGGCCACUCGGCCUGCAAGGCCUUGCUGCUCCUGCGGCAGCAACACCCGGCCCUGUACUUUAGCAAAUCCGGGCAGCUCGACCAGCUUGUGCGCACGCGCAAGGCCCUCAACGACAAGGACGACACGGGGCGCACAGCGCUCAUGCUGGCGGCGGCCGAAGGCCACACGCACAUCGUGUCCUACCUGCUCCAGCACAACGCCGCGAUCACUGUGCUCGACAAUAACGGCGCGUCGGCGCUGUCGAUGGCGUCGGGCGACUGCCGCCGCCUCCUCGAGCGCGAAGUCCUCUGCCGCAUCGUCCGCGACGGCGACCUCGAGACGUUCGAAGAGAUUUUGCAGGAAAACCCGGCGCUGGACCUCGAACAAACCGACGAGACGGGCACGACACUAUUGAUGCUCGCCGCGGCCAACGGCCACCCCGAGCUCGUCAAGCUCCUCUUGGACCGCAACGCCGACAUUGACGCGGCGCAAGCCGAAGGCAAGACGGCGCUGUCCUUUGCGCUCGAGGCGAGCCACCGCACGUGCAUCUUGUACAUUGGCAAGGAGCGCGCCUUCCGCGAACGGUACCCGCUCCUGUACCACGCCCGCAGCGGCAACGUCGAGGCCGCGCGCGCCUGCAUCCUCGACACCCCGGCCAAGAUCGACGAGCGCGACCCGGACGGCUGGUCGGCGCUCAUGUACGCAGCCUCCUUUGGCCACGACGCGCUGGUGCAGCUGCUCCUUGAGAACAACGCGCAGAUCGGCGGCACGGACAAGGGCGGCAAGACGGCGUUCAUGGUCGCCAAGGACAAGGCCGCCUUUGUCAAGCUCAUUCUGGAGAAGAACGCGACGGACCUGCGCUUCAACGAAGUCAUGUUCAAAGGCGCGAUCGAGUGCGACCCCAAGCUCGGCAAGGAGAUCCUCGACGCCUUCUUGGUCGAAGAAGGGCGGUACAGCCUCAGCUUUCGCGACUUGGAUCGUAUCUAUGGCAAGGAGUCGGUCGAGAAGAGCGCGCUCUACUCGAUUCUGACGCUCGAAGCCGAAGACGACGCGCAGAAUGCGGUCAAGGCCCACUGCCUCCAGCACAUAAUCAUGCGCCGCGUGCUCCAGCUCAAGUGGGAGUUCUUUGCCCAGCGCAUGUACGUGGAGCAGUGUCUCAUGUACAUUCUGCUGCUGGCGUCGUCGGUCAUCUCGGGCUGCAUCUACCAGCUCGACGAAGACCCCAACACGACCAACAUUUUUUCCCUGGCCUUCUGGACGCAGGCGCGCGUCACCAAGCGCCCGAGAGGCAACAACAAGACACACGUCGACCGCGUCGACGACGAAGGCAUCCAGAUGUCGUUCAUGAUCUGGUUUGUGUUUGUCGUGUACGUCUUUGUGGCGUACGUGAUUGUCCACUUUGGCUUGAAGCCCAAGCGGCUCUGGAGCCUCGCGGGCUGGUGUCGCGACGGCACGUACAGCGGCCUCUGCGCGUUCCUCUGGCGCGGCGCUUACGUCGAGCUCAACUGGGGCGACGAGAACAUCAUGCCGGACGCGCCGGUCUGGAAAGCGUAUGCGAAGAAGGUGCUCUUCUUCCACUCGAUCUUUUGGACCGGCGUCCUCUGCCUCCCCUUCCUCCUCUACCUCGGGUCCCGCACCAACGCUGAAAUGACCAAUGUCAAGGACCAGUACCAGGCGCUCAACAACAUGGUGCUGUGGUGCACGGCCUUCUACUUCUUCUACUGGGAGUACAAGGAGCUCCAGGGCUACGGGCUGCGCAAGUACAUGUCGAACGCCGUCAACGCCGUCCAGAUCAUGGUCUUCCUCCUCAUCAUGCUCGUGUACGUGCCGUGCCAGCUCGGCUUCAUCCCCGAGACGGUCGUCGUCCGCGAGUACCAGCUCUGCAUGUCGGGCACGAUCUGCCUCGCGCUCUGGAUCCUCUCGCUGCAGUACCUCGAGGUGCACCCGACCGCCGGGUACCUCCUGCCCAUGAUGCACGGCCUCCUCCUCGACAGCGUCCGGUUUUCGAUCCUCUACGGCGUCUUUCAAGUCGGCUUGACGUGCGCGUACUACAUUCUGCUGCAAGGCAGCGACGGCUACGAGUCGGUCCUGCACACGUUCAUCACUGUCUACUUUGUGCUCUUUGGCCAGAUCCAGACCGGCCCGAUUGAUGACCUCGCGUCGACGUCGCCCGUGCUCUCCAUCUUCUCCAAGGGUCUUCUCAUGUUCCACAUGGCGAUUGCGAUCGUGCUUCUCCUCAACGUGCUCAUCGCGAUGAUGAACAACACGCUUGUCGAGGGCCUUGAGAAGGCCAAGCUCGAGGCGCUGGCCAGCUACGCCAACUGCAUCCUGCGCCUCGAGCUCAGCCUCGACUCGCGCGAGCGCACCGAGAUGAUCUACGUCAUCAAGCCCAAGUUCCUCCAGGCCAAAGAGAAUGCAGUGCUCCUCGACCGGUCGCUGCAGACCGGGCGUGACGAGGCCAAGCCGCUGCUGGCGCUCAAGAAGCCAAAGAAGAUGGACGCGCACGUGGGCAUUUUGAACCCGGCGUUCCACGAGGUCGUCCUCAAGUCGGACUACAAGACCGGGUACGAGCAAAAAGGGUCGGCGACCGAAGACUUCCAGGCCGACAUGCGCGCGUCGAUAUCAGCGCUCAAGAAGGACCAGGCCGCACAGCUGCAGCAGGUCAAGAGCCAGCUGAGCGACAUGGCGCGCGUCCUGCAAGAGCUCCAGACAGCCUCGUCGGUCGAGUCAGGGUCGGCCUCCAUCCAAGAUUAACAUUCAACAACUAACAUCUGCACAUUUCAUGCUGACGAUACUACAAUAUAAUCUAUCCAAGUAUCCAGCCAGGUAUCUAGCUGAAGUUAAUGAAGCGAGACCUGAUAGCGAGGCUGCCAGGUCCGAUUUCCGG